ACCCGGAGUCUUGAAAAGCCUUUACAGUUGCAAAAUGCAACUUUGAGCUACGCUUGCCAUGUGCAAAUACGUGGGCUUCUGCCAACCCCAGAAGGUACUGGAGAAAUGCAGCACAUACAUUUCUUUUGCUUCUUUUUCUUUGUAAGUCCACAGCGUUAUAUUAUAGAUUGACUCUAAUUUCCUCCACAGCUUACCUCUUUGUGUUGUGCUGGCUUCCUUUGCAUUUUGAUUGCUCUCUCUCCCCCUGUAGCUGAUCAAAUCAUAUCACUGAAUUUUACUUCUUUUUUUUCUUCUUCUCUCUUUUUUUUUUUUUUUAAAUUUGCCAGCCACUCACAUGCACACAUGGCAAGGAGCAGCCUGACAUCAUUUGACAUCUCCUUGCUUCCUCAUUUCAAUAUUAACUGUUUACCAGAAGAGAAACAGGUUUGGGGUUAGGGUGCUGAGUGCAUGCAUGUCUCUGCGUGUGAGCAAGAGCUUUUUUGCCCUCUGACCCUUCACAGCCAUAGGUCAUUACGCUGAGCUGCCUGAAACUGCCCAAUGCUAUUUUUCACCAGCUUGACUUCAGAAGAGACAGGUCUGUGGAUGUGCUUCACUUUCUGCUUCAGCUGGGGUACAGCAACAAGGCUCAGUGCUGUGGCUGCUGCUGCUCUCAUCCAAGAACAAACUUGCUGAAGGAUUCCUCCCCCUCCGCACAGCAAUAAUAAUGACACAGCUGCAGUUUAAAGAUGCAUUUUGGUGCAAGGAGUUCACCUUCCACACUGGCUAUGAGGUGCUCGUACAGCGGCUGUUGGAUGGGAGGAAGAUGUGCAAGGAUGUGGAGGAUUUGCUCAAGCAGAGAGCACAAGCAGAAGAGAGAUAUGGGAAAGAACUGAUUCAAAUCGCCCGAAAAGCAGGAGGACAAACAGAAGUCAACACACUGAAGGCAGCAUUUGAGACUCUCAAGCAACAAAUCGAAAGUGUUGGAAACUCUCAUAUCCAGCUGGCAGUAAUGCUGAAGGAUGAACUGAAAGGAAUAGAGGAGUUCCGAGAAAGACAGAAGGAGCAAAGAAAGAAGUAUGAGUCUGCAAUGGAGCGCAUACAAAAGAGCAAACUGUCCCAUUAUAAGAAAACAAUGGAGUCAAAGAAGACCUAUGAACAGAAGUGCAAGGAGGCGGAUGAGGCUGAGCAGUCCUUUGAACGGAUAAGUGCUUCAGGCAACCAAAAGCAAACAGAAAAGAGUCAGAACAAAGCCAAGCAAUGCAGAGAUGCAGCAAAUGAAGCAGAGAAUGUGUACAAACAGAACAUUGAACAGCUGGAUAAGGUCAGGACAGAGUGGGAACAGGAACAUAUCAAAACCUGUGAGGUCUUCCAGCUCCAGGAGUACGACCGCAUCACCAUCCUCCGCAACUCGCUGUGGGUUCACUGCAACCAGCUCUCCAUGCAGUGUGUGAAGGAUGAUGAGCUAUAUGAAGAGGUUCGGGUAAGCUUGGAGAACUGCGUUGUAGAGUCAGACAUGGACUAUUUCAUUAAGACUAAAAUGACAGGAACACAACCUCCAGAUGCAAUAGGAUAUGAGAACUACUACAGCAGAGAACCAAACAGAAGCAACAGCAGCCCAGCCCAGACUUGUGGGAUGAUGAAGAGAUUCUCCGGAUUACUGCAUGGAAGCAGCAAAAACAACACGGAAAGUGCCACUCCUUCAGCCCCUCCUCUUGCAGAGAAAACAGAUGGAGUCUAUGCAUCCAUUUAUGUAAAUGAACAAGCUGGAAUCACAUCAUCACAGGACUACAGAGUACUCUAUGACUACACAGCCCAGAACAUGGAUGAACUGGACAUCAGUGAAGGAGACAUUGUAGUUGUCAUUGAAGAAAACGAGGAUGGCUGGUGGACAGCAGAAAGGAAUGGGCAGCGAGGCUUUGUGCCAGGGUCUUACCUCGAAAAGCUUUGAUGAAAAGAAGCCCCAGUCGUCAGACUUUAAAAAUAUUCUAUUACUGAAAACAAACAGCACACAAGGUCUGCUUCAGCUGACCAAGGGCAACCCAUAAUACUGUCUUCUACAAUUACCAGUCAGGAAAUAAUCAACUGACCACGCUUUCCUCUUCCUUCCUGCUGCCCCAUCCCAGCACCUCCUGGCCUACACUGUCUGCAAAAACUGUCUUCACCUCAGAGAGGUUAGGACUUGUGUUUCUUACCACAGUUCUUCCUACCUUCAGCACACUGUGCUGCCAUCAGUGUUGCAAAGCUUGGCGAAUGUGGGAGGAAAAUCCUGCCCAGAACUUAACUGCACUAAAGGAAAAAGAUCAAGGAAACAAAUGCUGUUUCUCCAGGAUGGAGGCCCACCUCCAGCCAGCCUGUAAGCCACCCUCAUGGUCACAGCAGCCAUGUUCUCUGCCAUGGAUCCCCUUCUCUCACUGCACAGGCCAUGCAAGCAUUUUUGACAGUGGGGUGGAAAGCACACUCAGAAAGCAGAUAGCUUUGAUGUUGCACGGUCUUAGCUGUGCAAAGCAAGGAAGAAGCUCUCUUAAGUUCCUUUUAACAGCCCCCUUUCAAGUUCCCCUUAUAGCACGUGUGUAACCAGGGAGAAAGGUGGGGAACCCUCCAGUGUUCUUUAUCAGUGUCACUGAUGAAAAUACAAAAAACAAUGAAUGCAGCUAGAGAGGAACACUCGAAGGACCGAGACACAUCAGUAGUAAGAAAACAUCAGGCACUCCCUAUCAUGGCCAUCUCCUAAUACAAUGAAAUCCAUGCUAUCCAUGGCUCUGCUUUGCACUGGAUUCUGGGGCAGCAAAAUAAGGACAGACGAUGAGCCCAAGCAUUGCUUUUGCCUUGGUUGGAUGGUUUCCCUGACACCUCCCUGGGAUUUUUCAUGUUUAAAAAAACAACGACAAAACCAACACAGAGCAGUGCUGCACUGCCCUGAUCCCUCUCCUCUGAGCACAAGAGAGAACUGCCAAUGACCUCCUCAUGUAAUCUGCAUACCUGUGUCAUCAGUGCAUUCUCCUUUCAACUCCUCUGUCCACCUGGCUAAUCCUUUCCUCCUCUUCUGCCUGCAUGCUCUUCUGUCUCUGCUAUCUACAGCCUUUGCACCUCUGGGAUUGCUGGCAUAGGCAUGUCCUGGUUCCUUUCCAGGCACUUUUAGUGUGGUGGUUCUUCAACAAACCCUCUUCAAAGAAUUCACACUGUUCAGAUUCAUUGUAUUUCACAGAUUUCAGCUCUACCCGUCUUUCUAGUUUAGUAUUUAAGAACGUUUCCAGCUGCCACUGUACUUAGCAAGGGAUCAAUAGAUACUUUCUGCCACUCCUCCCUUUUCAGUAUUUUGAGAUGGUUAAAAAAAAAAAAAAAAUCGGUGAUUUAAUCUGAAGCAGAGCACGCUAUUUCUGGGGGAAGAAUGACCUUGUUUGCCAAGGUCUUAAAACUGAACCACGUCAAUGAAAAUGCAUCAAAUUGCUACACAAAAGGGAGAGAGCAGGGAGGAACUGUUAGCUAAGACAUAGCAGGAAAGACAAAGAGAAAUCUAGACAGAAGAAAAAGCUGUAAUGGUCAAUGCAAUUAUUCCUUAAAUGAAACAGAAUUAAGGUCAGAGGCACUUACAGUACCUUAUUCUAAUUUCUUGCUUCAAGAAUGGAAUAAAAAUUGCUUCAGGCUCUUUUCUUUUAGUUCCCUGCAGUCCUUUGCACAGGCACACUUGUCCUUCCCACACUUCCCCAAGUUAUUAUGUAGCACAUCUGCGUGAGUGCUGAAGGGCUCUUAGUACCUCGCAUUAGCACAGGCUCAGAGGAACUGCAGGAACUUGAACGGCAUUUAAGGCACUAGGUUGUAUGAACAGUAGUGCUGAAGAUGUUAACGACAGGUUUCUGUGACCACGUCUGAAUCGAACAGUGACAGAAAGAUGGUCCACAAUACUUUCAACUAGGCCUCUGCAGUGUAAAUGGUAGCUGUCAGAGACAACUACAACAUCGCUCAUUAUGUACAGCAUGAGAGGAAACCUAAAGUAUGAGAGAUUUAAUAUAUUUGCUUCUUGAACACUCAAGUCUUUCACAAAGAGAACUGUAAUAAACAAAGAAAUACUUAAAUAAAUUUAGGUAGAUGUUUUGCAGAUUAUCUUAAUUAAAGAGAAAAAAAAACAAAACAAAACCAUUGAGAUGCAUCUCCUCUAAUUAUGUGUGACACAUGGAUUUUGCUAAGACUUCUCACUUCUCUGGGGGCCCAAAGAGCCUCACACAAGACACUGCAGUACCCAGUCCUGGUUACCCUGAAAUCCUGUUACAGAUCAUCUUUGCCUACAUGUACCACAUGGUCUACAUCACUGACAGACAGCUAGUAGCGUGGUAACUGCUGUUUCUACCCCAUCAAAUAAUUUCAAAUUUUUGCUGUUAAACUCAAGAAACUGGUUUCCUUUCUACCUAUCUCUUCUUCUGUCAAGUAAAUACUGUUGUAAGUGCAAGAGGCUAUAGAUAUUUCAAAAUCUACCCAGUGUCAUAGCAUUUGAGUCCCACAUGCUAACUCCAGCCUGUUCAGGAAAUGAAAAAGCAGCUGCAAUGUUUUCUCAUGAUUCAAUUCCUCUGCUUUACAUAGAAGAAUUUUGCUGCUAAGUAGUUACCAAGCUGUAUCUAGGCAGUUUGCCCUAUCAGUGUGGCAGCACUUGUCAGAAAUAGAACAGAGAUAUCAAGAAAUACCCACACCCUCUGAGUACACCCACAUUUUAGGUGUCAUCCACCCCCAUCUGUAGGAAAAGUCAGAAGGUCAAAUGUAGGUUACUACCUUAAUAUUGUCUUAGUAACAAUGUUUCCUCCCCAGUUUGUUAACACUUAGGUAACAAAACUGACGCAUUCAAGUAAUCAUUUAAUUUUCAGUUAUAAUGGGAAACUGAAAUAGGCUCUCUCCAGUGGGAGGCAUUCUUAAACUAAACUCUAACAUUUUUGGCUGAAAUUCUUUUUGGACAAACGCUUCUGAUAAGCCUCCACUUUCAUUUUGACAGCCAUUUUAUGGCAAGGAGGUGCCCAGCAACAUGGAGGGACAAAACAACAGUGGCAAAGUUGUGUGUUUGUCCAGUUAACUCGUAUUUCAUAGCACACCACACUCACAACAAGCAGACUACCUCUUUACUGACACUGCUAGUGCUCUGGCUCUGAGGGCGUUCACACACAAGAAGCUGUUCCCAGAGAGCAAGGAACAUGCUUUUGUCAGCUGCUCUGCAAGGGGGGACCCUAACUACCUAUUUACAGCCUGCGGCUAGUAUGUAUGUACAUACAAACCAAGUAAAGGGAAGUUACAAUAAAGUUACUGAGCUGUUUUUGACUUAGCACUGCAGAACUUCAGUUUGCGCAACAGGCAACAAGUAUUUCAUGCUGAACAAUUUCAGACCUGUAACUGUUAACU